UGGGCGACCAAAUUUGGAAGGUGUGCUUAAAGUUCUGAAGACUCAGGAGAAGCUGGCUAGAGAUCGAGUUGAUAUAACUUUGAUUCAAUAUUCAAGUAAUGGGUGUUUCUGCCCAUAAUCUUCUUGCUUCUAAUUUGAAGGGUAGGGUCCAAGACAAUGAAGAAAUGGUCCCAGUCUUGGAAUCCCAAGCCAGGAGAAGGUGGCAAAUUGUGAGGAAACAAAUGGUUACAAGGAAAAAGAGAUCGAGAAGGGUGUUAAUGAACAGCAGGACACGUCUAGAAGGCUCUGGAUCAAAAGCCGCAAAUGGAAUCCAUAGAAGAGUUAGAACCCUGAAGAAGCUAAUUCCAAACAGCGAAGCUGAGGGACUGGAAGGGCUUUUCAGAGACAGUGCUGACUACAUUUUGUUUUUACAAAUGAGAGUGAAAGUCAUGCAGAUAAUGGUUAAGGUAUUUACAGGUUCUGAUGAGUGAACUAAUUAAUCCACCUGUAAAGCCUAUCAUUCUUUCUUUCUUCCUUCCUUUAAAAAAAAAAAUAUUAAACUUUAUAUGUUAUUUGUGUUAUUCACAGCCACAGGAGCUUGUUUUGCAAGCCCAGAUAUGUGCGCAUGAUUGUGUAGAUUUAACUAGAGCUUUGUCAUUUUAAUUUGUUGUGUGGAAAAUGAAGCGACUUCCAGAUGGACCAGUGAA